AUCCCUUUGUUACUGUUCAAAGGGGCUGCAGAGGUGAGGCUGGUAAAUGGCAACACGCGAUGUGCCGGGAGAGUGGAGGUGAAAUACAACAAUGAGUGGGGGACAGUAUGUGACGACUUCUGGGACAUGAAGGAUGCUGCAGUGGUUUGCAAGCAGCUGAGCUGCGGGUCUGCUAUAGAAGCUCUUCACUAUGCACACUUUGGGGCAGGAUCUGGCCCCAUUUGGAUGGAUGAUCUUAGAUGUUAUGGCUCUGAGGCUGCACUGUCUAAUUGCACACACACGGGAGGGUAUCAACAGAACUGCUUUCAUUAUGAGGACGCCGGAGUUAUAUGUUCAGGACUUGUUCGGCUUGUUGGAGACAGUGACUGCUCAGGUCACGUGGAGAUCCAUGAUGGAAAACAGUGGAAAUCUGUCUGUGACUCACACUUUGGUCCGAAAGCUGCUGAUGUUGUCUGCAGGGAUUUGCUGUGUGGCAAAGCCCUGCUGUUGCCCAGAGAAACUCCUCUGGAUGAAGAAGUCAGUCCCAUCUGUGACAGAGAUCUGCAGGAGGUGAUGAAUCCCUCUGUCCUCAUCUCCUGCCUCAAGAAAUCCUCUGCCAGCCAGGCCUGCACCCACCCAAAUGGCACUCAUGUCACCUGCACAAAGUACACAGGGUUCAGGCUGGCAAACAACAGCACGGUGUGUGCAGGCAGGGUGGAGGUCCAGGUGAUGGGGACCUGGGGCACCCUCUGUGCCUCGCGCUGGGACCUCUUGGACGCCCACGUUCUCUGCCGUCAACUCGGCUGCGGGUUUGCAGAGGCCAUUCCUAAAGGAGGGCAUUUUGGGAGAGGAACCGGCCCCGUCUGGAGUGAAUCGUUCCAUUGCGAUGGGAGUGAAGCCCACCUGGCUCAGUGUCCAGUGACUGUCCUGGGGGCCUCACUGUGCUCUCAUGAGGAUGAUGCUGCUGUCAUUUGCUCAGGCCUCGCUCACCCCAUGUCCCUGCGGCUGGUGGGCGGAGGGAGCCGUUGCGAUGGGCGCGUGGAGAUCUUCUGGCACGGGACAUGGGGCAGAGUCCUGGAUGACCAGUGGGACAUGGAGGAAGCCAGAGUGGUGUGCCGGCAGCUGCGCUGUGGAGAGGCGGAGGGAGCCUACAUCCCGCUGAGGGCCCAGCGAGGGACAGGCCCCGUGGGGCUGCGCGGGGUGCGGUGUGCAGGCCACGAGCCCAGCCUGAGCCUCUGCAACACCUCCCUGCCCGAGGACACAGGCAUCAUGGAGGACGUGGGGGCCGUGUGCCGGGGGAGCCGGCGGGUCCGGCUGGUGGACGGGGCCGGGCGCUGUGCGGGGAGAGUGGAGAUCUACUACCAGGGCAAAUGGGGCACGGUCUGCGACGACGCCUGGGACUUGGCCGACGCCGACGUCGUUUGCCGCCAGCUGAGCUGUGGACGGGCUGUGGAGGUUGCUGGCUCUGCCCGGUUUGGGGAGGGCUCCGGGCAGAUCUGGCUGGAUGGAGUAAACUGCUCCGGGACUGAAGCUGCUCUGUGGGACUGUCACGCCCAGGCCUGGGGACAGCAUGACUGCGGGCACAAGGAGGACGCGGGAGUCGUCUGCUCAGAGUUCAUGGCCCUAAGGCUGGAGAACAGUGAUGGCUGCUCCGGGCGCCUGCAGGUUUUCUAUAACGGAACGUGGGGGAGUGUUUGCUCCAACUCGAUGACUGUUGACACGGUGCCGUUGGUGUGCAAGCAGCUGGGCUGUGGGGACAGCGGGACCCUGGAAAUGAGCUCACGCUACGAUAAGCUUUCUGGCAUUGCAUGGCUGGAUCGCAUCGAGUGUGGGAAGAGCAGUAGAUCCUUCUGGCAGUGUCCUUCUGCACCUUGGGACCCACAGUCGUGUGAUGACCUGCGAGACGUGACCAAUAUCACCUGCAGUGGGAGACAGCCAGAAAGGCCUCUGGUGUCAGUAUGCCCCAACUCCACCACAUGCACAGACAGGGAGAAGAUCCGUGCAGUGGGAGGCAAGGACAGAUGCUCAGGCAGAGUGGAGGUCUGGCACCACGGCUCCUGGGGGACAGUGUGUGAUGACUCAUGGGACAUGCAGGAUGCUGAGGUGGUGUGCCGGCAGCUGGGCUGUGGCCCUGCAGUGUCUGCCCCAGGUGAGGCUGCAUUUGGGAAGGGUACAGGAUUCAUCUGGCUUGAGCAAGUGGAAUGCAGAGGGACGGAGCUGUCGCUGCACUGCUGGGCCCGACCUGGAGACAGCGGUGUCUGCCAGCAUAAGGAAGAUGUUGGAGUGCACUUCACCCAGGAUGACAGCAUUACCCCCCACAAGCAGAUUUCCCGGGGUCAUCCAACUGACAGAGGGAAAGCCGCCGUGCCUGUUGUCAUUUGCAUUAUCCUGGGGGCUCUUCUCUGCCUGCUCCUGGCCCUCCUGGCUGGGCAAACUGUCAAGGCACAGCGCAGAGGCUCCAGGAGAACUGAGGAGCCCUUCCCUGAGGUUGUGUAUGAGGAGAUCGGAUACAGCUCUGCAUGGGAGAAGCAGACAACGUUUGAUCACUCAGACAUUGCUAUUGUGCCCAGAGAUGAUCCAGAAGAAGGCUAUGAUGAUGCCAAGGAGGUUUCUGAACCUGGGAAUGAUCCUGACUCUGGGCAGGGUCACUCUGAAGUGCCCAGGACACAAAAGGAGGAAGAGGAGCCAAUGGAUGCAGUCAGAGGGAUGAGUCUGCACUCCCAGAGAAAUACUGGAGGCUCUGGAGCAGGUGGAGAUACCUUGUCCUUGUUCCUGAGGAGCACGGGCUAUGAUGAUGUUGAAGAGGUGUCUCUGGCACAUCCCCAUGGGGAUAUGAGCACUGUGAAACUAGAGUGGGACACAAAAGGAUCCCUGAGCCCCGAGCAAGGAGAACCCAUCUCUGCCAUGAGCCCGAGUGCAGUUGCAAGGGAAGAGAAGCUGGUGCUGCUUAGAGAGCUGUGAGGUCCCCUUUCCCAUGGGCAGCAGUAGUGUGGCAUUUCCUCUUGUGUUAGUACCCUGCUUUUACAUCGCGUCUGUAUUUGUUCUUAUUAAAACCCUUUGGAAGUUUUGAUCCAGA